CUCGUGACCUCAGUCGCUCUCGUUGCCGUGGGGAGGGGGACGCUCGCCGGUGUCUGGCUGCUGUUUGGAGAAAAGAAAAAAAAGAGAACGAAAGACGCGGUUUCUGGUGCCGAGUGCGGCUUCAGCGUCGGCGUCCUGCCUGAUUAAAGUCCAUGAAUGCCGCCGACAAACUUCAGCAAGUCAGAGCAGCCCUUCGAAGAGUGAAGCAGAGAAUGAGCGGUCCGCGCGACCAACUGGACGACACGGAUGUUACAACCGAAGAUGAAGUGGAAUCUGGAUCUUCAAAACAGAAGCACAAUAAAAAGCAACAGGAGACUUUAAUUGAUAUGUACCAAGCAAAUCCCAAAGUAAAUGAAGAACUCCGGGACAGGUUGCCAGCCACGAAAAAGCACGACUACAAAGACAAAGCAAAGCAAUCCCUCGAACCAGAAUCCAGUUCUGAAUUGUUGCAGACGAGUUGUCGGCCCGUGCCAGAGCAAACGAGUCGUGGAGCACAAAUGGACGUUUUUUUAAAAGAGCCAAACGAUGUGGACCAGUACGAGAAAAACAGAAACCAACAGCCGUCUGAAGAAAGAGAGAGAUUGUCUGAUAGAAGUGAGAAGCUUCACGGGAGCCAAGAGAAGCUUCACCCCAUCAAAAUGAACCAGGAUAUUCCAAAACUGGAAAGGAGCUCUCGAGUACAAGGCAACACAGAGGAGGAUGCAAACAACCAAUGGGGGGCCCUCUCCUGUGAAAGGCAAGGCAAUAGCUUGGUAAGUGCCUCUUUAACCUCAGCAAAUGCAAGCACACUUCUAGAUAAGGACAAGAACAUCGCUUUCCUCUUAAAAGAACUGGACGCCUUGAGAGAGAUCAAUAGAAAGCUUCAGGAUAAACUGUCUGAAAAUGACCGAGAUUUGGAGAGAUGGAAAAUGGAUGCAGAACUACAAGAGAAGAUGAUGGAAGCAAAAACUGCUGAGAAAGCUGCAGCCCUUGUGGAGGAGAUUUACCAGGCCCAGAGGGAGCGGGACCAGGCCAUGAUGGCUCGACUGAGGCUGGCAAAUGAAGAAAGAGAUGAAGCCCUUUUGCGAGCCAAGCGACUGGAACAGGCUAUAAUGGAGCUGGAGAAUAUUAACCCAGAAGAAAAUGACACGGCCUUACAGGAGUUACUGAACCGAAUCCAAAAUGCAGAUUCCGGCCUAACCAUCCAGAAGAGCGGGGCUGUAAUUCUCGAUCGAAUUCUGAAGACCAAAGAGCGGAAAAAGAAAAUCACAGCCGAAGAGAUGAACGCCGUAAUCGAGGAGAGGGAGGCCGCCCUUACCAGAUGCAAACGCCUGGAACAGGAGCUUCAUCAAGUGAAAGAACGGAGCCAGACUUCUGCAAACAACAUGAGACAUCUGACUGCCGAAAACAAUCAAGAACGUGCUCUGAAGGCUCAGCUCCAGUACGUCCAGCAGGAGAAGGAAAACGCGGUGAAGCAGUGCAAGAAGUUGGAGGACGAGGUCCAGACUCUCCAAGUCUAUUACGGUUUGCACCAGUCCUUGUCACAAGAGGCCACCAUGAAGGAGCAUAUGAACUGCACUCUUAGCUCCUAUGAAGAAGCCCUGCGCUCACGAGAUGGCAUCAUGACGCUUGCCAAUCUGCAGAAGGAUCAGCUUGUCGCCCAACUACAGCUGGCACUUUCUGACCGAACAAAACUGGAGGCCCAGCUCCAAGAAACCGCCACCGCACACAAGGAUGCCAAUGAAAAGAUCCAGAAGUUAGAGCGGCUGGUGGAUGUGCUGAGGAAGAAGGUCGGAGCGGGUGCCGUCAGGACAGUGAUCUGAUUGAAAGGUUGAGUCUGGAGAAGUGGUCACAUCUGGUGACCAGGCCGCUGCGUUUAGCGCUGUGUAAACACUGAAGCCUUAACUCAGCAAACAGUUGUUAGAAGUGGUACACUGGGACGACAUUCCAGGCCGAGAUCAAACUGAAUCAUAAAUGUUUAACCACUCUGCUGCUGACUUGGGAUAUUUAACCUGCACCCACCCCCCCAGUGCCCCCAUACAGCCCACCCUUGUCUGUAACGUUUGAGGAACUGGCGACUUUCUGUUUGCCUUAAGCCUGCAUUUGAAAUCCUGACUGGGUUUUGGCUGCUGCCCCCAGAGCUGCUUUGCAUAAUCACUAAAGAAAAUGGAAAUGUGGAAAGGCGGGCGAGGGAGGGAGUGUGAGUGUGUGUGAGUGAGUGUGUGUGCCGUCCUGCCCGCUGAGCGGCUGCCCGCAUCCUCCACAUUUUCACUCCCUCGCCCGCGUUGUCUUUUCCCGGGUUGACGGCGGACGUCUGGCUUGGGUAGAACUUGUGGUGUUCAGGACACCAAAGCCCGAAUCCUUUUUAUUGUCCUAUCUGCUGGAUCAACGUGUCCCCCCCGGGUGGUCAGGUCCCCUUGGCGAUUAGUGAUGGCACAGAGCACGGCAGGACAGAUGACGACUGCCUUGUGGUGCCGUGUUGAGCUGCUGUUCUCACCCCUCAGAUUCACCAGUGUGACACACUUGGGUGGGCUCUCUUGGGGCGACUUUUCUCAAUGCUGCACUCUUAUGGAGGGGCGUCAAACAGAUCGCCGAGUCUUUGGAGCACGUGUUCAUACACUGAAACACCUGCGUCAUCUUCAUUUUGUGUUGCCAAGUAUUGUGAUGUUUCGCUGGACCCC